AUGGCUCACAGUGAGGACAACGCGCUGAGGAUUGUGCUCGUGGGGAAAACCGGCAGUGGGAAAAGUGCCACAGUGAUCACCCUCCUGGGGAGAAGAGCAUUUGAAUCUAAACUUGCAGCCCACGCUGUUACCAGCACGUGCCAGGCAGAAUCCCGGGUCUGGCAGGGGAGGAGGCUUCAUGUGGUCGACACCCCAGGGCUCUUUGACACCAAGGAGAGCCUGGACACCACCUGCUUGGAGAUCAGCCAGUGCAUCCUGGCCUCGGCCCCGGGGCCCCACGCCGUCGUCAUGGUGAUGCAGCUCACCCACUGCACAGAGGAGGAGCAGAAAACUAUCAAGUUGAUCAAGAGCAUCUUCUGGGAAUCCGCCAUGAAGCACAUGAUCUUCCUGUUCACGCGCGAGGAUGAUUUGGGGGACGAUAGCCUGAGUGAGUUUAUAGCACAGGGACCCAAGCCGCUAAGAAGCAUGGUCGAGGAGUGUGGGGGCCGCUGCUGCGCCUUCAACAACAGGGAGGGGGAGGCCGAGAAGGAGGCUCAGGUGCAGGAGCUGGUGGGGCUGAUAGAGAAGAUGGUGCAGAGCAACGGAGGGGCCUGCUUCUCUGACAACAUCUACGAGGAGAUGGAGAAAAAGCUCAAAGAAAAGGAGAAGUUGAAGCAAAAGGACACAGAGCACAGAGAUAAAAAAAUUAAACAGGUAGAAAAGGAAGAUGCUGAUAAGCCAAGGGAAGACAGGGAAAGGAAAAUCGAAGCGCUGCAGAGGCAAUGGGAAGAGCAGAGCAAAAAUGCAAGGAAUGAAGCUAAGGGCGGUGUGCUUGACGACACUGUGAAUUGGGUCAAGGAUACACUGUCAGGAAUAUGGCAGAUGUUUUGGGAGUAA